AUGAGCUUCAUUGUAUUCAUUCAAGAUGGUCGACAAGGUCUUCUCCCUAGAAUUUUUCUUUUCUCUCUUAUAAGUGGCGUGGGACACGUUUGUUAUACUAGUGUUUAUAAUUACAGGCAACAAUUAAUCCUUAAAUCAAAAAACGUGCAACAAUACUCUCCACUUGCGUCAAAUUCCCCGGCCAAAGAAAUUUUGAAUAAUGAUAAAAAAGAAUCAAAUGAUAGAAAAGAAUUAAAUGAUAAAAAAGAAUUAAAUGAUAAAAAAGAAUUAAAUGAUAAAAAAGAGACAAAAGAUAAAAAAAUGAUGGAUGGACUGCUUAAUUGGCUUGCCACAAAAAAAUGGACUGGUAUUAAAAAGAUAUCGGAAGAAGAAUAUAAACAGAUCAAACAAGCUAGAGCUGAAGCUAAAGCAAUGCGAUUAGAAGAUUCAUCAACAACAUACGAAAAUUCUAAUAAUCGAUCGUAA